AUAUAGAAUCGGGAGUUCUAAUGCUUCGGGCGGCAAACAAUCGAAACCUAAUCAUUUACUACCUGGAUAAUAAACCUAUCAAAUUAUUUGCUGGAGAGAGGCACGUUCUGUUUCACAAUGUAACCGAUUUCAACUUGGCAAAUUGGAUUCUUGCUUCAACAUGAGCAUGAACGAGACGAUAUAUCUUAACUGGGCAUCUGUACGGAAUGGACUUCUUGCUGCAUAUGGGCUUCGUAGGCCUAAUGACAAGAUUAUUGCCGUUCCCUAUAAUGGAGAUCCCGAUCGGAUGCGCCAUCUCAUUUUACACGAAUUCCUUGGGGCGGGAUCGCUUGGCUGGGUCAGGGCUUGCGUGGACCGUCGGACAGGAAAUCUUUAUGCUUUGAAACAGCUAGCAUUAAAAUUAAUGCGAGAUCGUGAGCAAUGCGCGAGAGACGUUGAUAAGAUGCUCGAGUUUAAGAUGGACACGCCUAGUUCUUUUGGUGUGCUUAGCGUGAUAACUGACAUUUAUUUUAGGACUUUCCUGGAGUUUUGACUUUGCACGAAUUUCUAUGCGAGCAUGGACGCAAUACUUGUUGCAAAACUCCUGAGCUAUUCUACUUAGCUUUACCUCUUGCAGCCUGUGGUGAUUUAAGCAGGCAGAAUUGGUCUGCAUGCAAUGAUCACUACAUUCAUUGCAUCCAUGCUUCGCGGGCCUCUACAAGGACUCCAAGCUCUUCAUAAUCGAGGUUUCAUUCACCGUGAUAUCACGAUGAAAAACAUCCUUACACGGUCAAUGUCACCUCCUGAUGCCAUAAUCGUUAAUUUUGGGAAAACGAUCAAAGCAACCAGAGCAAGCGAAACUAGAAUUGGACCUACAUAUUCACUACCGCCAGAAGUUAACGGCAAAGACUACGAUAACAAAAUCGAUAUUUAUAGCUUCGGAAUCGCGUGCUUCAGAACCAUUAUCCCCAUAGCAGAUUUCAAGAGACUCGAACAGCCUUCGGAUUUCGAUAAAUACUUCAGUGCUUUACAGAAAUAUGCAGAGCGUAGCAGAACUCAUAGUAUUUUUGCAGAUCUUUUGCAAAGUUUGCUAAGCCCCGAGCCUACUGAACGACCAAGUGCAUCUCAAGCUUUGCUGCAUCCGUUUUUUGAUCUGUGUAAUGGUCCGCCGGAAUCGGAACUGCGUCAUCAAAACACCUCGGACAAGGGCAAUAUUCAGUGUAGUGGUAAACCUGGUAAAAUUGCUAAGCUCAGUUCUAACGAAAGCACCUUAACUUCCACUUAAUCCUAGCGAUCAUAAUCGGGACUAAAGAGCAAUAUCCUUGUAUAAAUAAGCGAUCGAGGUAAGGUCAAGGUAGGCAGCCUGUCGAAUGCUAAGAAUUCUGUCAUCGCACGCUAAGCGAAAUCACACCAAAAUCAACGAUUUUUUCAACUUUUUAAAUCCUUAUUAUCUGUAUGAAAUAUCGAGAUAAUUUAAUAA